AUGAUACUUUCAAUUUUAUCUUCAAUUAAACGUACAAUGUCAUCGAAUGAACAAAAUUUUAAUUUGAGAGAACAAGCUGGUUCUAUUGGUCAAGCAGGUGGAGCAUUUAGUGAACGAGGUCGUGCAGCUGAAAAUGCUUAUUUUCAUGCACAAGAAGCUGAACAAUUAGCUGCAUUAAAACAACAACUUGAACAACAACCACAAAAUCAAUCCAAAAAAUGA